AUAUCCAUUCAAUUGAAUAAUUGUAUUCCACAAGAAUAUGAGCUGGCUGCAGUCAACAUUGAGUAAAGUGCGGAAACAGUCAGAAUUGGUUGGACGUCAAGUUAGACAGGGCACUCAGCAAAUUGCCUCUGCUACCAGCAAGCUCAUGGAGGACAUCAGUGCGGCUGGUUCUCUCCCGGUAGGAUCCACAACAGGUCUGAGAACUUGUCAGGAGGUGUCGGAGAUGUUAGAGGCAUACAUAGACGAGCUGGGAGCUCAUGGCAGCGCGGUCAGAAGGCUGCCUGGGCUUGUCGAAAGCCUCAACCGGUGGAACGAGGAGAUAGCUCUCGGUAACGAUGCCAAGCAGAGGUUUAUCGACACUCCUGAGGGCGUGUCACCAACUCAACUGCAGAGUAUCCCGCCGAAUCAGAUCACCGCACUUACAUUCAGACAGGUAUUCCUCCGAUCGAAGUGUCUCGAGAAGCUGCUCGGUCUGUGUGCUCGCGAUGCUAGUCUAAGGGUCUUGAUGAGAGAUCUGGCCAGCGUUGGUAGCGCCACUGUAGAGGAGGAGGCAGAAGAGGAGGAGGACAUCACCAUUGAGAAGAUGUUCAGAUUUAUGAUGUACAGACUGCUGGGGCAGUGUCUGAGGGGGCAAGCGACGGUCUGGCAGCAGCUCUUGGAGUCUGUGAUGCAGACAAGUGAGGAUUUGCCGGUGAAUGAGGAGCUUGUUGCCUGGCUCGAGAAGAUGGUCACUGCAUUGAAGCUGGACUGGAAAGAUGAUCACUACCACGACAAGGUGCUGAAUACGAUGAGGAGACUAAAGGCUGACAUGCAGAAGGAAGCUGACAGCCCAGUGUCGUCGACUAGCCCUCAAGUGCCGUCUGCUGCAGUCGCCACUUUGACCUGUCAGCUGCAUCGUACAGUCAGUUUGGCUAAGGAGAGGAGGAUCAAGUCGUUGGCUCAGCGAGAGGCUGCUAUGAAGGAAGUUGUGGAGGAGUGCGAGGCUAAGAUGGUGGAGAUCGAUAAGGAUGUUGAUACGCAGGCGACUGAGAUAGCUGAGCUGGAGGAGCAGGUUAAGAACAUGCAUACGGAGGUUCACGAACAAUUGGAGGCGUUGAAGCCGAAUGGGGAGGAGAUAGAAGGGCAGAUGAAGACGUUGGAGGAGGAGAAGGAGAAGCUGGAGAAGCGUCUAAUGGAAAUCAAUGAGGAGUUGGACACGUUGGCGGCACGCAAGAGUUCGAUUGAGCAGGCAGAGGGACAACUGAUGCGGAGUGAUAAGGAUACGUCGGAGCACUUCGAAGCGAGGAUAGCUGAGCAGCAGCUUCAUCAGCGUCAAGAGGCUGAUCUGAAGGGUUACAUUGCCACAUUCAAAUCGGUGGUGUUGGUGGGGAAUGAUGAGCUCACAUCGGUGUCGGCGAACCAGGUUGCGGAGAUGGACGCUAAGAUGGUGAAGACCAGGGAGAAGGCGGAGACUGGCGCCACUGAGUUCUUGCUCAAGGAAGCCGCUUAUCUGGCCGUGCUGAAGGCCGAGAUGGAGUCGCCGGACUCUCCUGGGGAGCACGUACUGCAACUGCUGAGGCACGCGGAUAAGGCAUGGAUGACGGUGGACAGGUUUGGACGUCAAUACGGGGAGUAUAUAGGAGGCAAGCCUGACGCGGUGGCUGCAUUGGAGCGCGUGUCUGAUCUCUACUCCGCUUGUAAGGAUGCUGCGGAGCCGCACAAGCUGGAGGCGAUGGAGAGAAUACACCGAGGGAUGUCGGAGGAUAUCACUGCGGCUGCUCCUGUGAUGAGUAUAGCUACGCCCAAGUCGAGUGAGGGCGGCAGCAGCCCGCAAGUUCAACCUCCACUGUCGGAGGAACAUAUGAAGGAUGUUGGAUCUCCGGCAAAGAUGGAGGAACCGGGAACUGAACCUGCGCCUAGCGUGGGUGAACCUGGGGUUGUACCUCCUUCGACUACUGAGAAGCAUGCUGAUGAUGGAGCAGAGAAGCCUCCAUUACCACCAGUUGAGGAGAAGAAGGUUGUGCCACCGCCGCCUCCUCCACCACCACGUGAGAGGACCUCUGAGGGCAGAAAGUCGCCACAACAGCAGCAGACGCAGGCCGCUGAGAACUCUGAUGAUGAUGAGAUGUUCGCUGAUCUCCUGAAGUAAAGAUAUUUAUUUCUCCCUCAACUGUUCAGCAUUGCUACUCGUGGUAAUUCUCGAUAAUUUCGUCUGAC